AUGUUUUGGGUGAAAUUGCCUAAAUCUCAGAAAGAACAGAUUCCGGAGGCGUUUCUCGACGGACUCUCCCUGAAGUCACAUCGACUGCUUCACACUGGGAGGAAGCUGCAUCCCUGUGAAUACUGUGGAAAGCUGUUUCAAAGUCCAGCUAAAGUCCUGCGUCAUUACAACGUUCACAUGAAGGACAAGGCCUCUAAACAAGUGCAGACUGUGACGCUGAGUGAGGACGAUAAAACAACAUUUCUCAACAUCAACGUGAAAGAGGAAACUGGCUCGACUCCCAUCUCAUCCUACACAUCAGACGACCAGCAGGGGGCGGCAUUCACCUGUGAAACCUGCGGAGAGGCAUCUUCUACUCUCGCAAACCUUCAGAUCCAUCAACGCCUGCACACUGGCAAGAAAAUCCACUCUUGCAGAUUUUGUGGCAAGCCCAACGUGUGCCAGAACUGCGGCAAGACGUACAAGAGUAAAACAGCGCUGAAAAGACACCAACAGCAAGAGGCGCUCAAGGCAAAGACCGCAGCAAUAGUAAAAAAGGAGGAAGAGCCGGACCUCACAUGUCAUAAAUGCGGAAAGGAAUUUACAGACAACAAAAAACUACGAAUCCACGACCGCAUUCACCGCAAACCCAACAUCUGCAAAUACUGCGGUCGUGUGUUUCUCAAACCGUCGCACCUGAUCCGGCACGAGCGCGUUCACACCGGGGAGAAGCCCUUCCAAUGCCAGGAGUGCGGCAAGUCUUUCCAUUUAAGUUACCUCCUGAAAUCUCACCAGAACUCGCAUUCGGGAGAGCGGCCCUAUGUCUGCGAAGUGUGCGGGAAGGGCUUUUCUAGCGCGCAGACGCGAUCGAGCCACAAGAAGUAUGUGCACGCCAAACCGGAGGAGCGAAGUGUGUGCACGAUCUGCGGGAAGGUCUACAGGUCGGACUCGGGGCUGAGGACACACAUGCUGCGCCACACCAGCGACAUUAUCACAGGGACAGAGAUCAAUCCCACGGCUGACAAGGAUGUAGCUGAGGACGCUGCUCUCAAACCAGCUCCUAAAAUCUUUGCUUGCAUCAAAUGUGGGAAGACCUUCUCGGCGUUCCUGAAGCUGCGGCUGCACCUGCGCGUCCACACGGGGCGGCGUGUGCACCCCUGCAGGGACUGUCCCAGAGUGUUCCUGUCCCCAAGUCUCCUCAAGCAGCAUGCCAUGACACACUCCGACCACAUGCACACGUGUGAGCACUGCGGGAAGUCCUUCAAAAACAUCCGCGUCUAUCAGGACCACAGGAACCUGCACACCAAGGAGCUGAUGCGGCCUUGCGAGACCUGCAACCGCGUGUUCUGGACUCGAAACAGCUACGUGUGCCACGUCAAGAGAUGCCCACAGCCACGGAGCAAAAAGCAGACAGGACAGGGUCAUCCACACUGCUCGGCUUAA